ACAACUUUUACCAAGGAAUUCAAGAACGAUCAAGAAGCAAGAAAGGAGUUUUCGGAAGAACAAUCUCUUUUUCUCUUCUAUUUGUUUGUAUUAUAAAGACGAGAAAACUUGACUUCUUCUUGCCUUCUUGAUCGCUCGAGCAACCAUAAUCAUCUAGCUAGAGCCCCUAAAACGCUGCAUUUUUUUGUUUGCUUAAUCGUCCGCGUCCAUGGGAGUGGGAGGAGGAUUUUUUGUAGCUGAUAGUGGCCAUAGAGAAGAAUAUGAAGAAGGCCGUGUGACCUCUUUUGUCGUAAUUGCCUGCAUUGUGGCUGCAAUGGGCGGUCUCCUCUUCGGUUACGAUAUCGGUAUCUCAGGAGGAGUAACAUCAAUGGAGGAGUUUCUAACGAGAUUCUUCCCAGACAUGCUACGUCAAAUGCAAAACGAAACAGGACGCGAAACAGAAUACUGCAAAUACGACAACGAGCUGCUCACCCUCUUCACCUCAUCUCUCUACCUCGCUGCUCUAUUCGCAUCAUUCCUCGCUUCAUCCAUCACAAGGCUCUUUGGUCGUAAGGUCUCGAUGACCAUAGGAGGCCUCGCGUUUCUCUCCGGAGCUCUUCUCAACGGUUUUGCUAUCAGCCUCGAGAUGCUGAUCAUCGGGAGGCUGCUUCUCGGUGUAGGCGUCGGAUUCGUUAACCAAGCUGUUCCUCUCUACCUCUCUGAGAUGGCUCCCGCUAAGAUCAGAGGAGCUCUCAACAUGGCUUUCCAGUUAGCAAUCACGAUGGGGAUCUUAGCAGCCAACAUCGUCAACUACAUAACCCCGAACCUCAAGAACGGAGUGGGAUGGAGAUUAUCUCUAGGCCUAGCCGCGGUUCCGGCCUCUAUUUUGCUCGUGGGGUCGUUUUUCUUGCCGGAGACGCCGAACUCCAUCCUCGAACGUGGGAACAAAGAAGAGGCUAAGAGGAUGCUUCAGAAGAUCAGAGGAACCAUGGAGGUUGAGCAUGAGUUUAUGGAUAUUUGCGCGGCGUGUGAGUCUGCCAAGAGUGUUCAGCAUCCGUGGACGAAUAUAGCGCAAACUAAGUAUCGACCGCAGCUCGUGUUCUGCACCUUCAUCCCGUUCUUCCAGCAGCUGACCGGGAUCAAUGUCAUCAUGUUCUAUGCACCUGUCUUGUUUAGGACCAUUGGUUUUGGGAAGGACGCCUCUCUUAUCUCCGCGGUGAUUACCGGUCUUGUCAAUGUUGUUUCCACCCUCGUCUCCAUCUACUCUGUCGACAAAUUCGGACGCCGAGGUCUGUUUCUUGCUGGUGGUAUCCAGAUGAUUGUGACUCAGGUCGCAGUUGGUUCGAUAAUUGGUUGGAAAUUCGGAGUAAACGGGGAAGGGUCAUUAUCGCCAGUCGAUACACAGAUACUCUUGGCGUUGAUAUGUCUCUACGUGGCGGGUUUUGCAUGGUCGUGGGGACCAUUGGGAUGGUUAGUGCCGAGUGAGAUAUGUCCAUUGGAAAUAAGAUCGGCAGGACAAUCGUUGAACGUGUCCGUGAACAUGUUCUUCACUUUCCUCAUUGGACAGUUCUUCGUGACGAUGCUUUGCCACAUGAAGUUUGGUCUUUUCUACUUCUUCGCCGUCUUGGUCUUGAUCAUGACGAUUUUCAUUCACUUCUUGUUGCCAGAGACGAAAGGAGUUCCUAUUGAGGAGAUGGCCAGAGUGUGGAAGGAUCAUAGUUUCUGGGGCAAGUAUGCUCGUGUUGUUGAUGGUGGUGAUAAUGAUGAUGGUGACGAUGUUUAUGUUUUUAGUGUAAAAGCUUAAGAUUAAUAAUGGUGUUUUAGGAUGUGAUUAAUUUUAUUCAGAAAACGGUUCAUCUAAUAUAAUAUUACAUAUUAACAAACU